UCUGUAAGGGGGGAUAUGCAUAACAUCAAAUCACAUCAAUAAGUUUUUUUACAAUUUUUUUUCUAUUACUAUUUCUUCUUCAUUUAUAAAAAAAAAUAAUUGAUCAUGACACACUCAUUACUACAACAAUCCUUUAAUCACAAUGAUCUGGCUAAUGAAUGGGAAGAAGCCUUUCAAAAUAAAACCAAUAAUCAAUCCCAUUUCAGUCAUUAUAAUGCCAUCUUCAGUGACGAUGAAGAAGACGAACCACAAAACAAACUCACUUCACGCUGGCUACAGCCAGAAAAUAAUUUAAUACCGUGUUCAAGUUCAGGCUAUAUCGAUCCUGUUCUAAGCUCAUCCACCUAUCAUAUCCAUCAAGCCGAUAAUGCAUUAUUACUGUUAAAACACGUUGUACUGGAAGAUGGUUGGAAAAAAGCAUUGAAACAUAAAAGUGGAGUGAUCGUUCAUAUGAAGAAUGGAAUCCAUAAAGGUGAUAAAACUCCCAUCUUUAAAGGUGAGGCAAUCAUUCAAGGCUUCUCACCACAGGCUAUUUUUUAUGUCAUUGGCAUGCGUAAAUUAUGGGACGAACAAUACGAAGAUGGUAAUUUGGUAGAAAAUUUAAAUGAUACUACUUCCUUAACCUAUGAGGUCAUGAAACCGACAACUACAAGCAAGUCGCGAGAUUUAGCGCUUGUGGAAAAAAUUGAGUGUACACAAAAUGGUGCGAUUGUGUUUGCUUGUACCAGUGUCGAAACACCGAGAAUACCAAGAAUGAGUGGCAGAACACGUGUGAAUACAAAGUUACAAGGUUGGAUUCUAGAGCCAUUACAAGGUGGGCCAAACCCUGCAACCAAAGUUGUAUUUGUAGUCCAGGAAAGCAUGAAGGGAUGGGUUCCUGGAUUUGCUAAAAAGACCCUAGCAAGACGACCUUUGGUCAUCGCUAAAGUAGCCGAAUACCUUGAACGUAAAACAGAGCGAAUGAGAAAUCAACCUGUUAAAAGCAAUCAGCUUCAGGCUAUUACGAGUGGACAUAGUCGAAGACCUUCAGUUAUGAGCAACACUUUACCCCUAUUUAAUCAUAAUAGAUUGCCACCUGUAGCACCUCCACAUGAAUCCAAUCAACAUUCAAUACUUUUAUCGUCUACCUUACCAUCCGCUAAGAAACACAUCAAGUUUAUUGAUACGAUAGAUCAAGAUAUUAAUAGUAACAGUAGUACAACCACAGAAAGUAGCCCCCAAAGCAAACCAUCGCAAUUACCUCCUGUGAAACAACACUUGUAUCCAUCUCAUCGACAUCCAAUCCAAAAAGUAGAAAGUAUUCAGCUAUUAAAGAAAUUAACCUUUUCAAACGACAAUUGGAGUUUAACUAAAGAGUCGGGAACGAACAAACAUUACGUAUUGAAUUCAAAUAUCUUGACUGAUGAUGAUGAAUUGAUGAAUUAUCAAGGGGAUUUGGGAAUUACAAAGCGCAAAGUGCCAUUUAUUCGUGCUGACGGAGUGAUUCAAGGUGGUUGGACCGCUGAACAACUCUGCUCUGUCAUACAUUGCUUUGGUUCUAGAAAAAUAUGGGAUACAUCAUUUGAAGGAGGUCAGACUGUUGAAAGAUUUAGUCAGAAAGAAUAUCUUGUACAAUGGUACCUUUCCAGUUCGUUACCUAUUGCCAAUGUGGAUUUAUCAGCCAUCACUAGCAUUGAAUCAGAUCCAAUUACCGGUACUGUUUACACAGCCACUUCAUCUGUUGUAGAUCAACAGGUUCCUCCAGAUGAGACAGGUCAUCGUAUACGUGCGUAUAGUGAUCUGUAUGGCUGGGUAUUUCGGCCCAAAUUUGAUCAACAAGGUCGUACAUUAUCUGUUGGCGUCAGUUUUGUAUGUAACAUGGAUUUCAAGUACACGAUACCCAAUCAAGUACUCCAAUCCUGGAUUGACUCCAUGUUGGAAUCAAUUGUUCAUGUAGAUCGCUAUUUGACAAAUUAUGGGUGUCCACCUUAUAUCCGACGCAUUGCUGGUAAAGUUGUUCGAGAAGAUUUUAAUGCUAACAGUAGCAAGUAUGAAAUUGUAUUUAUUGUAAAGCAUCAACCCUCCAACUCAUAUCGUGCACGUAAACAAAAUCAACAGACUGUGUGGUGUACAGAUAUAAGAGUUCACAAAACUAUGUUCCCUCACGGCCUGGAUAUUCGUGUCGUGCCAGAGCAUGCUGUUCGCAUCGAAGUAUCACCAAAAGAUCAAAGAAGCAUAAAAAUAUUUACUAUGGAUGAAGCCAUGGAGGGAAAGCAAAUGACUUUUACCUUGCAACCACUUUUGGAUGGACACUCUGCAACUUAUAAGGUUAAUGACAAGGUAUUUAACCCCAAGCAGUCAUUACCUGUCAUAGAACCAGUGGCGAGAGAGCCGGUUGUCAGGGAGCUAGCCGUUAAGAAGUCUGUUCUAAAAGAGCCAGUUGACAAAGCUGCCACUCUUGUUACUGAACCCCUUGUUUCUCCUGCUGCACCUAUAAUUACUGCACCUGCUGAACAGGCCAAGACGCCAUUGCCUGUCAUAACCACUACUACCACUACUGUCACUACUGAAGCAGAAAUAAUUAAGGAUGAGACAUCGACUGCACCAUUGAAAUUGCCACAAGGAUAUUUGCUUGUUCCUGAACACCAGGUAAGACAUAUGUGAAUGUAUAAACUACCACAAUAGAUUCUAACAAGUGUUUUUUUUUGUAGAAUAAUAAUAUUAUCAUGAUAACCGACGACCUGUCAUUCAAUGGCCAACAAAUAUCUGUGAUUUUCCUCGCUAUGGUUAUUUGUUAUUAUAUGGGUAAAUUCACAUCCUGUAGUUCUUGCUAAAAAGAAAAAAGAAAUCCCUGUACCAUAUACUUAUAUCACUACCCUUAUUCUACUCUCACUAUUUUUUUAAUCACUACUUAUUACUUAAUUUUCACUAACAAGCUCGUAUAAUAUUUUUCCGUGUUGUGAGUGCGUAAAUGUGUGUGUGUGUGUGUGUGUGGAGUGUGUUUAUUCUUUUUUGAUUUUUUUAAAAAAAAAGGAAUU